GGCGGCCCGCGCGGCACGCUCCCGGCGGAAGGGCUGCUCGUGAUGGCGGCGGCUGGUUCCGCCGCUGUGUCCGGGGCAGGGACGCCAGUGGCGGGUCCCGCAGGCCGCGACCUCUUCGCCGAGGGGCUUCUCGAGUUCCUGCGACCCGCUGUGCAGCAGCUGGACUCUCACGUCCACGCCGUCAGGUCCGAGAGGGGCGAGGCGGGGCCGCUCCUCGGGGGAGACGGGACCUGUGCCGGAAGGGGCGAGGCCUGUGCCGGAAGGGGCGGCCGGCCGGGCGGAGAGAGCCAGGUAGAGCUACGAGAACAAAUUGACAACCUAGCUACUGAACUAUGCCGAAUCAAUGAGGAUCAGAAAGUGGCCCUGGACCUGGACCCCUACGUGAAGAAGCUACUUAAUGCCCGGCGGCGGGUUGUCUUGGUCAACAACAUUCUACAGAAUGCGCAGGAACGGCUGAGGCGACUAAACCACAGCGUGGCCAAGGAAACAGCCCGCAGGAGGGCAAUGCUCGAUUCCGGAGUUUACCCUCCUGGUUCCCCCAGCAAGUAACAGGCCAAGAGAUGGGACCCAUACAUGGCCUCAGAGUAGCACAAGUACUGUUCCCCAGCUGCCUCGUUUCCUCCGGGACUCCCUGUAGACCUUGGGAUAUCAAAAAGGCAGCCCAGCUGUUUCUGUUUGAAGCACUUAAGUCUUACCCGUUUAUAUGGGGGCCCAAAGAAACCUGUGUACAGCAGGACUAAUGAUCCCAAAGGAUUUAUUAUGGCUCUUGCUUCCAAGAAUGAGCUGAGGCCUCUACACACCCAAGACCCAACUCCUUUACCUUCAGGCCUAGUUCUGUUCUUCUGUUGCAUGUCCGCUGCUUGUGACUUUGUGUACAGAGGAUUUGGAGAAGGGGGCAGACAAAGUCAAGGUAAUGACUUCUACCUUUUGUUGAUUGCCCUUGGCUUGUAUAAUAUAGUAGCAGUACUGCUAGAACCAUUUAAUUCAAUAAAUGCUUAAACAGUGUUCUAGUUUA